UAAAUCACAACGGUCGUUACUGAAACCACCCCUGGAUAUCGAAGAUGAUCCUCCGAGAUUGAUUCAAUUGUAUAAAAUCGAAUUGGAUGCUGUGCGCAGUUGCAUCCGCCAAAUGUAAUAAUCCACAUCCUGGAAUGCCAGGAUUUUCCACUUUUCAAUAAUCGCAACGUUUCCACCCUAGUUGUUUGUGCGUCCAGGAGAAUUGAGACUGAAAAACUCAAUAACCCCAAUCCGUGCCUUCAAUUCCAUCCACUCAAGUUAAUGUUGUACGUGACGCGAAUUCUAAGAUGAAAUCUGGUGGAAAAUGCUUUCUUGUUGGCAUUUUCGCUAUUUGUGCUUUAUGUAGAG